AUGGCCGACCGGACCAAGGACGACACCGAUCAGGGCAUCCCGCUCCGCGGUAAUUCCUUCGACGGCGAGGAGGAGGGCGACUCCCUCGUCGGCCGCGCCCGCGCCGGCCCUCAACGCAGCUCCCUGCUGCCGCCGCUGUCCCUCGCCGACAUGGACAACAAUGCGCCCGUCUCGGUCCUGGCCUACUGCAUGGCGUCCAUCUCCAUGACCGUCGUCAACAAGUACGUCGUCUCGGGAGCCUCAUGGAACCUGACCUUCUUCUAUCUAGCCGCCCAGGCCAUCAUCUGUAUCGCCGUCAUCACCGCGUGCAAGCGGGUCGGCAUGAUCAAGUCUCUUACCCCGGUCACGCUCGACAAGUCUAAGAAGUGGUUCCCGAUCUCGUUCCUCCUUGUUGGCAUGAUCUACACAAGCACCAAGGCCCUGCAGUACCUUUCGGUCCCUGUCUACACCAUCUUCAAGAACCUGACCAUCAUCGCCAUUGCCUAUGGCGAAGUCUUCUUGUGGGGCGGCGAGGUCACCCGCAUGGCCACGGUGGCCUUCUCUCUAAUGGUUCUGAGCUCCGUCGUCGCCGCCUGGGCCGAUAUCCGGAACGCCCUCGCCGGCGACAUGGGCGGCGGCGGUGACGAUUCCUCCAAGGACGCCCUGGCGAUUCUCAACGCUGGCUACAUGUGGAUGGCCCUCAAUGUUGUCUGCACCGCCACCUACACCCUGAGCCUGCGCAAGGUUAUCAAGAAGAUGGACUUCAAGGACUGGGAUACCAUGUACUACAAUAACCUACUCACCAUCCCCAUCCUCAUCGUCGCCUCUCUCCUGGUCGAAGACUGGGGCCACGAGAACCUCGUCAGGAACUUCCCCGAGGACCAGCGCAACCGCAUCUGCGUGGGCAUCGUCUACUCCGGCCUCGCCACCAUCUUCAUCUCCUACUGCUCCGCCUGGUGCAUCCGUGUCACCUCGUCCACCACGUACUCCAUGGUCGGCGCCCUCAACAAGCUGCCCAUCGCCAUCAGCGGCCUCAUCUUCUUCUCCGCCCCCGUCACCCUCGGCAGCGUCUCUGCCAUCGCCCUGGGUUUCGUGUCCGGCAUAGUCUACGCUUUUGCCAAGAAGUGGGAGGCCGACGAGAAGAAGCAGACCCUGCCCAUCAAGGAGGACGACGGCAACGGCAGCAGCAAUGGUAACAGCGCGAGGUCAUGA